AUGAUAAACUUGGAGCCUGUUCGUUGGCCAACUUAUAUUUGGUAUGGAAUGUCAAUCAUCACUAUUCCCAUUUAUCUUUUAGUAGUAAUUUGCUUACUGAGAUUACGUAUGAUUUCAAAAAUCUAUAAAACCACGUUUUACACUUUACUAUUACAACAUGUGAGUUUUUAAUCGAUUGUUACAUUUUCAAAAAAAUAUAUAUAAAUAUCCAGAGUCUAGCUGAUCUUCUAACAAUGUUCUUCUAUUUCAUUCUAAUGGUAUUACGAGAAUUUCAACCAAUUCGUCAAUUUUAUUUCGAUUAUCAAGAAUAUUAUAUCGCCUCGGCAUCUUAUAAUUUCACCUAUUAUUUUUUAUAUAUUCGAUGUUCUGGAAUUAUACUACUAACAAUUCAAAGAUUCAUUAUCAUCAAUUCGUCAGGGUCAAGAUUUAGUCAUGUUAGUGAAACUUUUGAAAAAACAUCAUCAAAUAUCUUAAAAUUGCAGAAAGAAAACUAAAUUGAAAAAUAUUAAAUAGAUGUGCAGAAUAAAAUUAAAAUAUAAUUAUUUUCAGGCUGUUCAGUCUACAAGCACUUGGAAAAUUAUAUUAAUUUUGUGGUCUUUUCCAACAAUCAUCAGUUUGGUAGUUUUGAAAGAUACUGAAAUAAGAUACAACAAUGUUGAAGAUAUGGCUCUCAUUGUUGAUAGAUCUCUAACUAUGGUGAGAAAAAAUGAUAAAUUCUUGUUGAAAUUUAUAAGUUCAGCGAAACACAACUAUGGGAUUGUGCAUAACAAGUAUGACAUGUUUUAUAUGCAGUGCACUCUAUGUUUCAAUUGCUUAUUCGAUCAGAAAAAGAACAUCACUCACAAACAAUAGUCGUUCUCUUCGAAGAGAACUUCUAGUUGCCAUUCAAAUAUUCAUUCUUGUGAUUGCUUUCUUCGGAGUAUUUCUCUAUUGUGGUUUUCAAAAUUAUUUUACUAGAAACCGUGAUGUUCUUGGAACCGGUCCUAUUUAUUUUAUGCGCUCUGUUUAUCCAUUAGCCAGUGGAAUAUUAUCCUAUCUAAAUCCAUUUUGUAUUCUAUUUCUCAAUAAAGAAUUUUCAAAUCAAGUUAGACAGAUGGUUAUUUGCAAAAAACUUGUUGUGGUAAGUGCACCUAUGUCAAAAUAUGUUGUUCAAUGUUAUCCGAACAGAUUUCUACAAUAUCUACAGUACCUUCAAUGUCAAAUCGAACAUCACCAAAUCUCAAAUUCUAA